CCAAAAUGCAUGACGACUCAAGCUAAGAAUGCAACUCAGCAUCCAGGACAUAUUGUGACCAGGGGCAAAAACUGCAUAAAAAGAUGUACCAAAGCUCAAAAGGCUGCUGAUGACCAACAUGAAGAAGAGGAGAAGGAGGCAAGUAAAGCAGCUAUACAGGAAGCUCAUAAGCACGUUGCAGCAUUUCAAAAACAGAUGCAGACAGACCAAGCUGCUGCGCGUGCUGAUGCACCUAAGCCUAGCUGUCCUCGUCCUGUGAAAAAGGCUGUGAAAGCCCUAGAGACCACCGACUUGACUACAGCUGCCAAUAAGGCUGUUGGUGCCAUAGGCAAUUGUGGCAGGGCUGAUAGAUCAGCAGCCAGUGCCAAUAUUGAGCAUCCUGGGAGUGAAGACAAUGAGGAAUUGGAGGUGCAGAUGCCAGGAGCACACAAAAAGAAGGGAAAGAGGAUGGUGAUACCAGUGAAAACACCUGUGAGAGAUGCAAUUGAUGUGGCAGGUGCCCUUAUCGCUGGUGAAUCAACACAGGCACAUGAUGAUGAUAAGUCAUCUGAUUUGGAUGUCUCUACACCAGCUCCUAAAAAAUUCAGCCUUGCUGGUCGUAUCCUGAAUUGGAGGUUGAGUAUUCCCAUUGGUGGUUCAAAGCCACCCUCCAACUUGAAGCACAGACCUUCUGGAGCACCUUCUGCUAUCUCUAGUACCACUUCCUCC